AUGCAGGAUUGGCAUGAUCUGCGUAAUGUCACUGGUUUUGAUCGAUCAGCGGGCAUUGGUCGGGGUGUUGGGCUACAGACUCUCGCAGAGCAAUUCCGAGGUCCCGUUAUUGGCCCCGGUCCACGGGUCACCGUUCAGCUUAGUAAUAUCAUCGUGUCGCUGCUGGUGCCCCAAGGCCACGGCUAG